AUGGAGUACUUUCUCCAUUCACAAAGAUAUCAGUUGAUCUAACUUUAUUAUCAGCAUCUAUAUUGUAUAAUAUUGUUGAUAAUUAAUUUAUCAUCUAAAAUAAUAGAAGCAUCCAUUCUGAAAGAACUCGUCCAUUUGCUUAAGAAAUUAUUAAAUGAACCUGAUAUUGAUUAUUUGAGACAUCUUCUUUUUAAAUUUUUAAGAAUUUGUUUAUUUCAAAGAAAAAGAAAUAAUAUUAUAGCGCAAUUUAGUGAAACCAUCUGA